UUCUUUCCUUUCUUAUUCUAUCACUCAGUCUUUCCUUCUCUUAUUUAACGCUAGUCAGGUUGCUUCAGCAGACACAGAUAACAAGGUAGAGCCAGUGCGGAGGAGUACCUGCAACCAGAGUUGCUGGGCGCAGCUGAGCAGUGAGCGCCCACCAUGGCCCAGAAACGAUGCCCGGCUGGCAGCAAGUGGGAUUCCCUCACCUUGAACUGUGUCCAUCCACGCAAGCUGCUACCACCAAAGCCCUUCUCGGGUAUCCCGCCUGUUCUCCAGCCCGCUACUGUCGCACCAACCGAAGCCAUCCCUGCUGCCAUCACGGUGUCCGUGUGGGUCUGUGUGGCCGUGGCCAUGAGUGGAUUCAUCCUGGUGAUACUGCUGCUCUUCGUUUGGCGAAGACUGCCCAGCCAUUCCCCCAAAACAGAUGACAAGGAGGCCCAGGGCACUGAUGCCUCACAUCCUGCUGCCCUUGCUGCCACCCCACCAGUACCAGAGGGACUUCCUUCUCCAGCAGGCCUCCCUGCCAACGGGCACCACCACCCGCACCACCUUUACCACCACCACUACCACCGCCCGUCCCCCACCCACAGCAGUAGCAGCUAUCAGCACAGGGCCACGGAGGUGGGGCGUAGUAGCAGGGAGGAAGACACCUGUAAUGUGGGACUCAGUGGCUACUGCAGCAACACCACCUCCUCCCCCUCCUCCUCCUCCACCUCCUCCUCCUCACACCACGUGUGCAACGGAAACAGCCGAAUUGAGGGGGGCAUCCCACUUCCUGCCACCGAGCUGGGGGGCGCUGCCCUGGUGACCACCAAGACUGUGCAGUAUGCUGCCUACUGA